UGCUAUUAGCUAUCCACAACAUUAGCUUCAGGGCGUCGCUGCUGUCAUUUUUCAUGAUAUAAACAGGUAAAUCAGUCGUAUUUCAUUCGCUGGUGGCCGUCCUGUGAUGGGAAUAACUUCCAGGAUGAUUCCGACCGAGGAUGCGUCCGCCAGGAAGCGGGAGAUAGAGGAGAAACUGAAGCAGGAGCAGGAGACGCUGUCAUUCAUCAGAGAAAAUCUGGAGAAGAGUGAUCAGCUGACCAAGGGCAUGGUCUCCAUCCUGUCUUCAUUCGAGAGCCGCCUGAUGCAGCUGGAGAACUCCAUCAUCCCAGUCCACAAACAGACAGAGAACCUGCAGCGGCUGCAGGAGAACGUGGACAAGACUCUGUCCUGCAUGGAUCACGUUAUCAGUUACUACCACGUGGCCAAAGACACCGACAGGAUCAUCAGAGAGGGGCCGACAGGCAGACUGGAUGAGUAUCUUGCCUGUAUUGCAAAGAUUCAGAAAGCUGUGGAAUAUUUUCAGGACAACAACCCCGACAGCCCCGAACUCAACACAGUGAAAGCGCGGUUUGAAAAGGGCAAAGAGCUGCUGGAGGCUGAGUUCCGCAGCCUGCUGACCCGCUACAGUAAACCUGUUCCUCCCAUCCUCAUCCUGGAUGCCAUCAGUGUGGACGAGGAGCUGGAGGUGCAGGAGGAGGUGGUGCUGGAACACCUGCCUGAAGCCGUGCUCCAAGACAUCAUCUGCAUCGCCGGCUGGCUGGUGGAAUACGGACGCAACCAGGAUUUCAUGAACGUCUACUUCCAGAUCAGGUCCAACCAGCUGGAUCGAUCCAUCAAAGGCCUGAAGGACCACUUCCGCAAAAACAGUGCCUCCUCCGGGAUCCUCUACUCGCCCGCCAUCCAAACCAAACGCAAGGACACGCCCACCAAGAAGGCUCCGAAGAGACCAGUCUACAUCCCAGGGACCAUUCGCAAGGCUCAGAACCUUCUGAAACAGUACUCACAGCAUGGGCUGGAUGGGAAAAAGGGGGGCUCUAACCUCACUCCUUUGGAAGGAAAGGACGAUGUCCUGGACAUCGAAAUCGACUCCUACAUCCACUGCAUCAGCGCCUUCGUCAAGCUGGCUCAGAGCGAGUACGCCCUGCUGACAGAGAUCAUCCCCGAGCACCACCAGAAGAAGACCUUCGACUCCCUCAUUCAGGAGGCUCUGGACAACCUGAUGCUGGAGGGAGACAACAUCGUGUCCGCCGCUCGCAGAGCCAUAAUGCGCCACGACUACUCAGCCGUCCUCACCAUCUUCCCCAUCCUGAGACACCUGAAGAUGAACAAGUCUGAGUUUGAUUCAACGCUGCAGGGAACAGCAGCGAGCACCAAGAACAAGCUGCCGACUCUCAUCACGUCCAUGGAGACGAUUGGAGCCAAAGCUCUGGAGGAGUUCGCUGACAGCAUCAAGAAUGAUCCUGAUAAAGAGUACAACAUGCCCAAAGAUGGAACAGUCCACGAGCUGACCAGCAAUGCCAUCCUGUUCCUGCAGCAGCUGCUGGACUUCCAUGAGACGGCCGGGGCCAUGCUGGCCUCACAAGUACUGGGGGACACUUACAAUAUACCUUUAGACCCCCGAGAGACUUCAUCAGCGAGCAGCUACACCUCUGAUUUCAACAAGAGGCUCCUCAGCACUUAUAUCUGUAAGGUUCUAGGAAACCUGCAGUUGAACCUGCUGAGUAAAUCCAAAGUGUACGAGGACUCGGCCCUGAGCGCCAUUUUCCUGCACAACAACUACAACUACAUCCUCAAGUCUCUGGAGAAGUCUGAGCUGAUCCAGCUGGUGACGGUGACCCAGAAGAAAGCGGAGACCUCCUACAGAGAGCUGAUCGAGCAGCAGAUCCAGAUGUACCAGCGCAGCUGGCAGAAAGUCACGGAGCACCUGACGGACAGGAACAUGCCCGUCUUCCAACCUGGCACCAAGCUGAAAGAUAAAGAACGACAAGUGAUUAAAGACAAAUUCAAGGGUUUUAAUGACGGCCUGGAGGAGCUGUGUAAGAUCCAGAAGGGUUGGGCCAUCCCGGACAAAGAGCAGAGAGACUUCAUCCGUCAGGCUCAGAAGAAAGUGGUGUCGGACGCUUACAGAGCGUUUCUGCAGAGAUGCGCCAACAUCUCCUUCACCAAGAACCCAGAGAAGUAUCACAAGUAUCGGCCGGAGGAGGUGGAGGAGAUGAUUGAGAAGCUGUUCGACACGUCCGCCUGAGCUGCACGUCGAUCGCCCCCAACUCAUGUUCCUCACGCUCUGACAACACAACACUUUAACAGCAGACACACACACUCCCCUCCUCACACUACUGUCUCCUCAGCCUCGUUGUGUCUGAUGAAUGUUUUGUACAAAGAUAUGAACAUGAUGUAUUUAUGUAAUUUAGCCGUCGCAGUUUAGUGUUUCAGAUGAAUAAAGCGAACGCUGAAUCAG